AAAAUUUAACUGCAAGUCGUCAGGUGCGCGAAGUGUUGAUGACUGAUGAAAUAAUCACCGACAAAACCGAUAUGUGAUGUUAUUCCCUUCAAUCUCACCAGUUACGGAAAACCAAGGAUUUCGUACUAAACACAGUAACGGUGUGUCAUUCCGCUUCUUUCCACAGGAGCUGGGAUGGGGUUUCUACGACUUGCGGUUUGUUUGACCGUUGUGUUAUCCAUGGGUUUAAUUUUGGGCAUCUACAAAAUACACGACUCUUCUCUUGUUUUAAGGAUCUUCAGUAGAAAUCUAAACGAGACUCCACCCGAACCAUUCCGUUUCCCGCAAAAUUACCACGCGACAGGGAAACUACAUUUGCCUCACAGUCAAAUUGAAGAACCGUUUGAGGUUUGGUUGUCUAGGAAGCACAACCGCAGCAGGAUAGACUACUAUUAUGGUACCGAUAAAACCUUUCAACUAGCUGAUCUUGGUAAACACGGAGAGGCAUUUAAAGUGGUUCCCAUGUACGAUGACAAGAAGGGCAACUACAUCGGCUGCUGGAAUUUAGCUGGAUCUAAACGAGUACCGAUUGUGGUGCAACCAAUCGUUCCUAAUAUGACCACGCUUAAGUUUUCCAGAUACGAAGUUUACCGAGGUACAGCCACAGCAAAAUGGGAAUACCGUUACUUAUCAUAUGGCUUACUCAACACCCAUACCCUUUGGGUGACGAGAACAGACCCUCCGAGACCCGUGCRAUACGAGAUGAAAGGAUAUGAUAAUCUAUUGGCAUCUUAUUACGACUACUAUGUGUUGGAAUAUAUAUCAUUUGAGGAGUGGAAGCCUGACUUGAAAAAGUUUGAAUUACCGAAAGAUUCAUGGUGCAAGAAGCUGGCUCACUCCUUGGAUUCCCAUCUGCUGGGCAACCCGAUGCAAGAGUUUCUGUCGUACGGAGCCAUCUCCGAGAAUUCCAUAGACAAGAUGUACAUCGAUUACAAGACACGACACAAUAAAUCCUACGAUUCUGAUAAAGAGCAUGUGAAGAGAAAGCAUAUCUUCAGACACAACAUGAGGUACAUUCGAUCGAUAAACAGAAAGAAUCUUACUUACAAAUUGGCUCCAAAUCACAUGGUGGAUUUGAUGGACGACGAGUACGACCAUCAUGAAGACUUGAAACAAGAAACCAGCACACAUCACAAGGGAUCAGUCCACUURCAGCCCCAUCACGAGACCUACAGCAACAUGACUCAAAUAUUGAAGCGAAUUGAUGUCCCUGACAAGCUGGACUGGAGAGAUUAUGGUGCAGUGGCGCCUGUACGAGGCCAGGGAAUAUGUGGAUCAUGUUACGCCUUGGCUGCGGUUGGUGCACUAGAAGGGGCAUACUUCAUGAAGACUGGAAGACUUGUGGAAUUGUCAGCCCAACAAGUGAUCGACUGUUCUUGGGGGUCAGGUAACCAUGGCUGCAGAGGUGGUUACUACAACAAGGCUUUGAGUUGGAUUUAUUUGCAUGGAAUCGCUACAGCUGAUAGCUAUGGUCCUUACCUUGCACAGGAAGGCACUUGUCAUUUCGAUGACACUAAGCUAGGAGCCACAUUAGAUGCAUUUGCUUUCGUUCCUAAACAUAACAACACUGCACUGAAGAUCUCCGUGGCCAAGUACGGUCCUGCUGCGGUGUCAAUGAACGAAAGUCCAAUGUCACUCAAGUUCUAUAGCUGGGGAAUCUAUGAUGAUCCGGCCUGUGAUAGCCGAGUGUCUCAACAUUCAGCUCUUGUCGUUGGCUACGGACAAGAGAAUGGUAUUCCCUACUGGUUGGUAAAGAAUUCCUGGUCAAGUUCCUGGGGGAUGGACGGCUACAUUAAGAUAGCGUGGAAGGGCAAUACAUGCGGCAUCACCAGAAACCCAGUGGUUGCACUCAUGAAACACUCCUCAUUUCAAUUCCCAGUCAAAGAGAAGAUCAACUAUAUUAAUCCAUUAGAUCCUAACUCUAUGGGAAGAAAGAUACACCCCAUGAAAAGACCGAGGGUCUAUAAGGAAAAUAAAGAARAGAAGGAUCAUGGUAAUGGCGUAGUACACAAGAUUACUGACGUCAAACAGGACGACUUGAAGGGGAACACAAUAAACACCUACAAAAAAUCCAACAUCAAAGUCCGUUGUCCUAAAAGUUCUAGUCUUAAUAAGAACUGUAAUGUAGAAAAUAACCCAUCAUCUACCAAGCAUUCUGCUUCACACAGAAAUGGUCCACAGUCGUCUCGAAACCAUUUCCCACGCUCUGGACAAAAGAGGACGGGCCAACAGAUACACAGCGAUUUGUCUAAURAAAUAGUACAGAGAACUAGACCGUAUCUUGGUCAACUUCAAAGUAUUUAUGACAAGCUUGAAAAGUUAAUUUCUUCUAACAAGAACUAACUUUCUUCUCUUCUUGAGACUCUUACUCAAUUCCAUCCUUCACCACUUUUGGGGGCCGCUGCUCUCAUUCAGUACACCUGUUUCACAACCAUGUUGUAUAUAAGGCAGGAAGGAAACAAUGCGAUGUUUUUGAAUAAAACAAUAUUUCACUACUCAAA